AGGGGGCAGCGGCCAGCGCCGGCCGCUCCUCACAAAUAUUUGCGGGGCGACGAAGAAGGCAGGCUACAGCCCCCCUGCCUCGCGGCGUCACUCCCGCGCCGCUCGGCGCGUGUCGGGGUGUCUUCGCUUGCGAGUAAGUGUUUCGCCGGUCGCCCCUCCGCCCGGCUUCAGCCACUACCGGAGGGGGUCGAGCGGCCCGGCGGCUCGGAGACCCAGUGCGCGUCGCGAGAGCUCAGAAGCAGCGGACAGGGAGAGGCCCGUGCGCAGCCCUGGGCGGACGCACCGCUGUUUGGGGGUCCUCAGAGCGCGGCGUAGGAGUCGCUUCAUCAUGAGAAAUCUAAAGUUAUUUCGGAGCUUGGAGUUCAGGGAUAUUCAGGCUCCAAGGAAACCUCAGUGCUUCUCUCUCCGAACUGAACAAGACACAGUGCUCCUUGGCUCAGAACAUGGACUGAUAGAAGUAGACCCUGUCACAAGAGAGGUGAAAAAUGAAAAAUGACACUCCUUUGGUGGCAGAAGGCUCUCUCCCAGAGGAUGGAAGUGGCUGCACUGUUGGUAUUCAGGAGUUGCUGGAUCACGAGUCUGUGUGUGUGGCCACAGCCUCUGGAGAUGUCCUACUUUGCAAUCUCAACACACACCAGCUGGAAUGUGUCGGGAGUGUAGCCAGUGGUAUCUCUGUCAUGAGUUGGAGUCCUGACCAAGAACUGGUGCUUCUUGCCACAGGUCAACAGACCCUAAUUAUGGUGACAAAAGAGUUUGAACCAAUCAUGGAACAGCAAAUCCACCAGGAUGAUUUUGGUGAAAGCAAGUUCAUCACUGUUGGCUGGGGCAGGAAGGAGACGCAGUUUCAUGGAUCAGGAGGCAGGCAAGCCGCCUUUCAGCUGCAAAUGCACGAGUCUGCUUUGCCCUGGGAUGACCAUAGACCACAAGUUACCUGGCGUGGUGAUGGAGCGUUUUUUGCUAUGAGUGUCGUUUGCCCAGAGACAGGCCCUCAGGCAGUUUGAUUGCAUCUAUGCAAGACAAACCCAAUCAGCAGGAUGUUGUGUUUUUUGAGAAAAAUGGACUUCUCCAUGGACAUUUUACACUUCCUUUCCUCAAAGUUGAGGUUAAGGUUAAUGACCUUCUCUGGAAUGCAGAUUCCACCGUGCUUGCAGUAUGGCUGGAAGACCUUCAGAGGGAAGAAAAUUCCACUCUAAAAACCUAUGUUCAGCUCUGGACUGUUGGAAACUAUCACUGGUAUCUCAAGCAAAGCCUGCCCUUCGGCACCUGUGGGAAGAGCGAGAUUGUGUCCCUGAUGUGGGGCCCAGUGACCCCAUACCGGCUGUAUGUUCUCUGUCAAGGCUGACAUUACCUCUGCUAUGACUGGCACCGGACGACUGACCGGAGCUCAGGAGAUAAUUUAAGUGACAUGGCAAAUGUGGCUGUUGUUGAUGGAAACAGGGUAUUGGUGACAGUCUUCCGGCAGUGUGGUUCCACCUCCCAUGUGCACCUACCGACUGCUGCUCCCACACCCUGUAGCUCAAAUCAUGUUCUCCACACACCCUAAAAAGAGUAACGACCUCGCUGUCCUAAAUGCCAGUAACCAGAUUUUUGUUUAUAAAUGUGUUCAUCUGUGGCAGUGGAUGGGGUCAUAAUCCAUCUGUGCUGCAACUCCAAGACCAAGCCAGUAGCACUGCAGGUGGCUGGUGGUCAGAUAAUUAAGUACCUUUGGGAGCAGAUCAGCUCUUGGUAAACCUCAUCUGCCAAUCCUGCAGAAUCACCCUCUCUGGCUGUUGAACCGUGGAAGAACCCUGCUGAAUUUCCUGUUCGAUUUCCUUAUCUGUGCGCACAGACCGAAUUGGCCAUGAUUGGAGGAGAGAUGUCGCUUUUUCAUCAGUGACACUGAGGUAUCAAGGCUUGUUCUGACACUGGAUCUUUCUCAGUCUUGGCUCCAGUUUCAGCUGCAGUUAAUGGAGAGUGGCUUGUCCUGUGUCUAAUGGGGAAUCUCUGCGGAAAGUGGAGAGGGGUUCAUGCAUUGUCACUGUUGUGCCCCAGGACACAAAGCUUAUAUUACAGAUGCCAAGGGGAAACUUAGAAGUUAUUCAUCAUCGAGCCCUGAUUUUAGCUCAAAUUCGGAAGUGGUUGGACAAGUAAGUACCAUGUGUAUGAUUAGUUAGCUUAUUGUUAUGACUUAUGUGUGAAGACGGCAAGUAUUCCAUUAAGAUUUUUAAAACUUAAAAGUCUUUAAAUCUUUCAUUACAUAUGUCUUCAAUCAGAUUCUCAGAGGUUCACUUUUUGUCACACUUUGCUUCUUAUAUCGUAUGGUGUAAUAGACAUCCCUAGCAGAAGGAAUCAUGAGGCUCAUUGUAUGAAACAGGGCUUCCUAGCCUAAGGGGAACCAUAUGGGCUUUAGAUGGCCUGUGAACCCAGGGAAAUUUUACACCAUCCUGUGUCUCUGUGUAUUUGUCCGGGCAGAAGACACAAGGCUUUCAGCAGAC